AUGAUUGAUAGGUGUUUCAUAGUUGCUAGUGUGGACAUUAAAACAAUUUUGAGGAGAGAGGGGAAAAUAGCCAUAGCCAUAGCCAUAGCCAUAGCCAUAGCCAUAGCCAUAGCCAUAGCCAUAGCCAUAGCAAUAGCCAUAGCCAUAGCCAUAGCCAUAGCCAUAGCCAUAGCCAUAGCCAUAGCCAUAGCCAUAGCCAUAGCCAUAGCCAUAGCCAUAACCAUAGCCAUAGCCACAGCCCCAGCUUCAGCCCUAGCCUCAGUAUCAGCUUCCGUUUUGCCUCAGGUCUAG